CGCGCCCCCUCCCGCCGGCCUUUGUCGCGCGCCGCCCGCGCGGUCACCUGUGUCGCACGUCCUCAGUCGCACAGCGGCCGCGUUCCGCGCCACCCGCCUCGUAUCUCGCGCGGAGUCAUCCGGAGCAUGUCCGCGACGUGAUGGACGGCAAGGAGUUCGGUGCGGUCCCCGGCCUGCCCGCCGGGUUAGACUACUUCAUGAUGCCGCGCGUCAGCCAGCCCGCGCCUCAGUUCGACUUCCGAAAGUUGGGCGCCAGCUUCAGCGGCCGAGACGACGACAAGUGCGACCGCUCCCCGGAGUACCCGGAGCGCCGCGAGCCGCCGCCCGCGCCCUGGCCGCUCGGCCUCGGGGUGCAGUUCGUCAACCCCGCGACCGGGAAGAAGAGAGUGCAGUGCAAUGUUUGUUUAAAAACUUUUUGCGACAAAGGCGCGCUAAAAAUUCACUUUUCGGCGGUGCACCUGCGGGAGAUGCACAAGUGUACGGUGGAGGGGUGCACGAUGAUGUUCAGUUCGCGGCGGUCGAGGAACCGGCACAGCGCCAACCCGAACCCCAAGCUGCACUCGCCGCACGUCAGACGCAAGAUCUCCGCGCACGACGGCCGCUCGGCGCAGCCCUUCUCGCUGCUGCCGGCCCUGGCCCGCCUGCCGCUGCCGCCGCCCGCGCUGCUGCCGCCCGAGCUGGCCGCGCGCCUGCCGCCGCCCGCCCCGCCUCACCUACCUCCGCGAGUUCCACUCGACGAUCUCCGCAACUUCAGUGAAAUUGAAAAAAUGUACAGAAAUGUUCCAUCGCCCCAUCACCAUCAACCUCGGCACGCGUUAGAUCUCGCUAAACCUAUCGCAGUGCACGAGGAGGAAUCUGUUAAUUGUAGUGAUAAUAAUGAUGACAUUUCGGACGAUGAUGAUAAAGAGAAACCGCACGUUUCGCAAAUUAAUACUAAUUUACCGGAGGAGAAACGUUCGAGCUACAUUGACGAACCGGAAGACUUAAGUGUAAAUAAAAAGAAAGAUGACAUUAAAUCUCCACCCGUGCAAUCAGAGUCGAGAACCGACCCCACCGCUAUGGACGAUAAAUCUUUGAUUCCUAACAAACGUAAGAGAAAGAGCGGGAAUCCAACGAGAUGUUCGCAGAAUAAUGAAUACAGCGUAUCGGACGAGGAGUACAAUGGGGAUUUAUUCAGAAACCUAUCGACGCCUGGUUCUAGUCGACCGGACGAGGAGCCUCUCUCGCUCAAGAAACAGAAGCCUGAGAAGUGGGAGCCAUUUCAGAACGGCGAGGAACCGACUGUGGACUCGGAAUCGGUGACAAGAGUGAAGGCUGAGAGUGAAUCUGACGAUGAGUCGAGUGCGCCGAGCGUCGUUCGGGAGGGCUUGAGGCUCCGGUCGGAUCUCUACACGCCUAGCGACAGUGGUAGUGACCUCCACGCAAUGGAGGAGCGCCUGGCGCGCGCCCGCUCGCGGUCAGCUAGCAGCGACCGAACAGACGACCGGGCGGAUAUCAAUGAUCUCGAAAUACCGAUCGACGACGAAAACCCCGAUCGGUGUACGGCGUGCGGCAAAAUAUUUCAGAACCACUUCACGCUGCGCAUGCAUUACAGAAACGACCACCUAAAGUUGCUGCAUCCUUGCGACGUCAACGGUUGCGACGCGGCGUUUCAGUCGCGGAGGAGUCGAGACCGUCACAGUUCCAACGUAGACCUGCACCGGCGUUUGUUGUCGACGACAUCUCCCGAAACACAAGAACAGAGGCCCGCUUUCGAAGUGAACGCCGAAUUACUCAAUAAAUUGUACGCGGACAUAAAAGGACUCGCAUCUACCCUGGAAAGCCUAAGAUACGGCGAAGAGUCCGCACAGAUUCCUAGUUACGUGACAGAAACUAUGAAGUUUUACAGUAGGAAUUUGACAGCUCUGCAAGCCGGUAUGUUUCCCCAGAUGGGCGAUCGCGGGUUUUUUCCUAGUCCUUACUUGUUGGGCGGUGGGGCGAUGCAGCCAGGGGGUCCUUACGGUGCGCCGGCAGGGGCCCAGUCGGCGCGGGAGUCGUUGUCUCCGUUGUCAGCGUCGUCGCCGCCGGUCAUAUCCCCAGGCAGGCUGGACGCGGCGCACGCUCGACCACGCGACGACGCCAAGCUGCUUUUUCGUGAGACCUCCGAGUCGUACAAGAAGAUGACGUCACUGUGCGAGCGGCAGGACCAGUUGUACCAACACCACGUGCCGGUGUCAUGACGCAACGCGUGCGACCCCCGCGCGACGUGGUGAUACCUCACCCUCGAGCGUACGAACUCUUGUAUAUUUAAUUGUUAAUAAUUUUAAAUGUGUUAAUUCUAUCGUAUUUCGUUUUGUAUUUUCUUGUGAUAUUUAGACAAAUAUAUCGUAAUAAUUAAUUAUUCGAUCCCACGAACUGUAAGUUAUAGGGAUAUUACCGCUUGGGUAUUAAGUUGGCGUUUGUGAAGCGAUGUGCAAUACGGACUCUGAAUAUUAUAAAUAUUAAUGGAAUCGGCGUACGAUGUGGUAUCGUGUAGAGUAUUCGUAAUCGAUGUUGAAAGUAAACGUUAUAAUGAUCAGCUUCAUUUAUUGUUCUGGCGCAAUAAACUCAUUGAGGAAAUA